AAUUUUUACAAAAAUUUCUCUUAAUGCCGAAUAAAAAGCUGUAGUAUAUAUUAGGAUAUAUAUAAUUUUUAAUAAUUUAUUAGUUUUUGAAAUGAUAUCUAUUAAACCAAGUUCACUUUCAUAAUGGAUAAUAUGGAAAGAAGAAUAAGAUUACGUACUUUAAACACUCAUAUAACUUGCAAAAUAUGUGGAGGCUACUUCAUUGAUGCAACCACAGUCACUGAAUGUUUACAUACAUUUUGCAAAAGUUGUUUAGUAAAACACUUGGAAGAAAAGAAAACUUGUCCGACAUGCGAGAAUGUUAUUCAUCAGUCACAUCCAUUGCAAUAUAUAAGUUUUGAUCGAACUAUGCAAGACAUUGUAUAUAAACUAGUACCGAAUUUGCAAGAAAAUGAAAUGAAGAGGGAAAGAGAUUUUUAUAGAAGUCGUAAUAUGGCUUGUCCAAAAGAUUUACCACAGAAUCAUGAAGAUGAUGAUGACAAGGUUAAUGAAGCACAUGCUGAAUCCGACUAUCAUAGAUUAGAUGAGCAAGUUAAUGUUUGUUUAGAGUGUAGUAGUAACAAUUUAAAAAAUUUGCAACGAAGGUUUUUGAGGUGUAGUUCUCAAGCAACUAUCACUCAUUUAAAGAAAUUUUUAGCAAAAAAAGUUUUAAAUGGAAUAGAAAAAUAUAGAGAGAUUGAUAUUUUAUGCAAUGAAGAACUUUUGGGUAAAGAUCAUACAUUAAAAUUUGUAUAUGUUACCCGAUGGCGAUUCCGGGAUCCACCAUUAAGAUUACAGUUUAGACCUAAAGUAGACAUUUGAAUAAGUAGUAACAACAAAUUGUUUUUAAAAAUAAAUAUAGUGAUCAAUAUAAUGUAUAACUCAGAAUAUUAAGGCAAAAUAAUAUAAGUUUAAGAUAUAUUCAUGUAUAUUAAUGCAUUUAAUGUACAAAGUGGUCCGUAACUGGUAUUAAAGCAAUUCUUGGGGUGAUUCCUCA